CCGAACCCGCUCAGGUGCUGGAACUGUGGUGAGUAUGGCCACGCAACCAACCUCUGCCGUCGCGAUUGCGUGCAGCGUUGUUUCAUCUGCUGGAGCGACGAGCAUACAAAGGCCAAUUGUCGGUGCUGCCGCCACUGCGGGGAAGAUCACAAAGGACGGCGCUGUCCCGAGACCUUACAAUGCGAAUGCUGUGGUGGGCUGGGUUAUAACGCGAAGCAUUGUCCAAAUGCCGGCGACAAGCCUGGCGACAACGUUUGUGAUGGCCCCGCGCCCUAA